AUGUCCUCAACUAUCGAAGCUAGCUUUUAUCUGAAAAACAUAGAAAAUAUGUUUCAUGGAAUCAUCAAUUAUUCUGGUUUACAAAACACGUGCAUCCAUGAGAAUCUUGCAUUUCUUAACUGGCUACAACAACAAGACUUUCAUUCCUCUUUAGGGUGUCAAUUCUUCGAUUGUGAUAUUAGACUAGAUGGUAGUUUGAAUUGCGGAGGUAUCAAAUUUUUUAGUAAUGAAGGAAUAACAGUGAAUAAUACUUGCAGUCUGGCUAUAAUCAAGUACUGGUUAACUGUUGUCGUCGUACAAGAAAUUGAUUCGAUGAAAAACACUAUCGAUCAGAAAUUUGAAUAUUUAACCAAUGAUAAAUUAACUUCGUCACUUAUGAGCUUGUGGCACAAACUCAGAGGCUGCGGAGUUAGUAUCGAGGCAUUUCAAGGAUACGAUGAUGGUAGCAUCCGGAAUGCCUGUCGUACGAAAGCAUUUGAUAGCUACAGCAAGGCCCAACAUUUCAAGUUGUGUAUGGACAUUAGAUUAAGUUGGGGUGUUUUUUUCCUACUGCAAGCACUAUCUUCGAAUAUAUGUUGCAAAUUAGAAAGCUUUAGAAAUAGCUUAGAUAUCGAUUACCCACCCAUGAAAGAAAUUUUGCGGGAUUGUUGGGUAAUUCUUAUAAUAUUGCUAUUCUGGUAUUCCUGUAAAAGCAUGAAUUUUUUCAUUCAAAUUUUAGCGGGAUGGAAAUGGCAAUCACGUUUUUACUCUGAAGAAUCACAAUUUCCGAGUGAAUUUAAAGAAAAUUUGAGAGACAUUCACGCUGGAAUUAAAAACAUACUGGAAGUCCACCGAAUAUUUUUAAGCGUGAAUCAAGAGGAAAUGACAUUGGAACAAUUGGGUGAUAGACAGUAUUGUAUAGGCAAAUUUAAAGAACGCUUUACGAGUGGAAAACGAGAUAAGAAUGCUGAGGAGCUGAUGGAGUGUAAGAGCAAGCCUUUCGCGCUCUUAACUGGUGGUAAUCAGUUGGCUAGAGCUGAUACCGGCGUAGCUUGGGAUAUUCAUCUAAUUCCAGAUACAGAUGUGCGUUAA